AUGCUGAUGCCGCGUAUGCAUGUUCCGAAGCUGCUCUACUUCCCUUCUACAGCUGAACCAGCCGCCAUCACAUCGAAUCUUCGAGCCGCCCUUGCACUCACGCUGAAAAGUAUACCGAUUAUUGCGGGCUCAGUGGCCCCAAGCAAGCAAGAAGGAGUUCAGAAGGGAUCUUUGAGCGUCCAGAGGCCAUACUUCGAGGCGGAAGACAUCCUUUCCAGCAACGAUCUGCGUAAUGAGUAUGAUUACGAACAGCUGCGGGCCGCACACUUCCCUUCGGACGAGAUAGCAUGGGAUGCUAUCGCACCGAAACAGUUCGGAAAAGCGGCAGACUCCGCACCUGUCAUGCUCGCGCAAGCAAACUUCUUGCGCGGCGGGCUGCUUCUGUUUUUCGCUGUCCAUCACUGCGUGCUAGAUGAGGUGGGCCUGUUCAAUGUGAUGAAAGUCUGGUCCUCAUCUUGUCGAGGGGACGUUGAUUUGCAUUUUGUCACGCCCCAGUGGUUCGAUCGGAGCCCUUUGUUGCAAGGAGCAGGGACUGGGAGACUGGAAGAUCACCCGGAGUAUGCGCUUGCACCGGAAGGAGAAACGGUGAGGGCAGCUGAAGAUCCAAGUGUCUACUUUCCGAGUUCCGAAAAUGUGCACUCAGCGAUCUUCUUUUUUUCUGAUGAGUCACUCAAGCGUUUGAAGAUGGUGGCGACAAUGUCAGGCCCCAAUAAUGGAGAUGACGGCUCGGCGUGGAUCUCAACCAAUGAUGCCCUCAUUGCGCUCUUCUGGUGCUGCAUAACGUCCGCUCGAGUGGCCGAGAGUACAAAAGCAACGAGCGAGAUCUUCCCCCUGUUUGCGAUGGCCGUCAAUGGUCGAAGUCAACUUCACCCGCCGGUGGCCCCAGACUACUGUGGCAACGUGGUUCUCAUUGCAAAAACACUGUCGAAGGCCGAUGACUUACUCUCUCCACAACCUGGAUGUCUUGCGAAAGCGGCCUCGCUGGUCAGGAAGGCAGUAAACGUCGUGGACGAUGCCUAUGUCCGGGAUGUAAUUCAAAUGGUUCGGAACGUUGAUGAUGUUAGUCGGCUAGCACCUCGCAGGCGACCAUCCACUGAGUAUAGUCUCGGUUGCAGUACUUGGGCCAGACAACCAUACUACAGCCUGGACUGGGGUCGCACAGUAGGCGGCGCUUGUGAGAGGAUCAGAAAGCGAAGGCUCCACACAGACGGUCUGUUCCUAAUUUUUCCACGCUUACCUAGCACUGAAGGCUUGGAUGGAAAGUCGGAUGGGAGACAAGGUGGUGUGGAGGUGCAGCUUGGGUUACAGAGCAGUCACCUUCAGAUAUUGAUGAAAAAUCCGGUGUUCAUGGAAUUCGCGCAGUGGCGAUGUAGCUAG